AUUUCACGUGAAAGCAACGCGGUAGCAAGCGUUUGUUGAAGCCAUCUGCAGCUUCAAAGAAUAGGUCGUUUUUUAAAUUAAUUUUUCGGAAAAAAAACUAAGGCAAAGAUUUUGGUUAAAAUAGCAAGAUCACGUGUUUGGGUCUUUUACGGUGGUUUUUGCUAUUUCUAGACGAACAACAUGAGCUACGGAAGGCCGCCGCCUGACGUUGAGGGAAUGACCUCCCUCAAAGUGGACAAUCUGACUUACAGAACUUCGCCAGAGACGCUGCGCCGCGUGUUCGAGAAGUACGGUCGGGUAGGAGACGUGUACAUCCCUCGAGAUCGGUACACCAAGGAGAGCCGCGGCUUUGCUUUCGUGCGCUUCCUCGACAAGCGCGACGCUGAGGAUGCAAUGGACGCUAUGGAUGGCGCGCUUCUCGACGGGCGUGAGCUCCGGGUGCAGAUGGCCCGUUAUGGACGACCGCCAGACUCCAUGUACGGCCGCAGAGGAGCUCCGCCACGCAGAUAUGGAGGUCGUUCAGACAGCCCUCGCAGACGCAGACGCAGCCGAAGCCGCUCCAGGAGCAGGAGCCGCUCCAGGAGCAGGAGCCGCAAUCGAUACAGCCGCUCCAGGUCCCGUUCCUACUCCAGAUCCAGGUCAAGGUCUAGAUCCAAGUCCAAGUCUAAGUCCAGAACCCCUAGGCGGAGCAAGACAAAGUCUCCUUCCAGGUCUCGCUCACGUUCCAAGUCCAGGAGUCGAACCCCGCCUUCCAACAGAGGAUCCAAAUCCAGGUCCAGAUCCAAAUCCAAGAGUAGGCCAAAGUCGCCAGAGGACAAUGGAACAGAGCCUUAAGUCAAACCUGGAUACAGAAUGAUGGUAUUUAGGGGAAAGGGUGGGUUAAUAAUGAACUUAAUUUGGAAUGACUAAACAGUAGUCAGUGUUAUCUUGUUGAUGUUAUAUUGGCACAUUGGCAAACACGCAUCAAAGGUCAACUUGCAUAUUUUCAAUCAAUUAUCAGAUUGGUAAUGGCAAAUUUCUAGUGUGUGCUUUAAUUUGCUUACUUUUCAUUCAAGCUGAAACACACACAUACAUAAAUGGAUUCUAGGAAAUUUGGCUACACGUGAUCUGCCAUAGCUCGUUUCAAAUUGGGUUGAUAUGAGUAUUUGGGGGAGGGAAGAAGGGACGUGGGGGUGCUUCACUCAAACGUUCACCUAAAUGUGGAAUUUUUUCCUCCAAGCUGCGGAGUCCUGUUUGCAAAGAGAGGAGGAGAAGGAGAUGGGGGUGUUGCAGUGUGAGAGCAGUUAGUGUGUGACCCGGCCAUGUGACCUGCCUGUUGCUGAGAGCGAUUGCAGUUACUAAAGGAGCAGGUCACCAAGGCAACGGUGGUUGCUAUGGAGCAGGUCGUCAUGGCGGUGGUUCGGGCUGUCAGUUGGUGUAUGAGGUGGUGUGGUGAGGUACGUGCACAGGGAUCACAGGCAGAGGCACUGAGCACUGUUCCCACCCAUGCCUGUGGUUUCCUCCACUUCUCACAGAGGGAACGGACCCAGAGGUUUGUUUUUUUUUAAAUACGCCCGAUGGUAAGAGUCUUGUUAAUAUUAGUUUUUGGGAACCUGAGGUUGGGCAACGUGUUUAAAAAAUUUGAAGGUUUCUUAAAGUGUUAGGUAUAUUGACAAAAAAAUGUUGGAUUGUUAACAGUAAAUAUAGGGUGACAGGUAGAGCAAAAGUUUAUGAUGCCUAGAAGCCUAAAAUUACCUCUUUUAUUGUCAAUCUUGUUUACUUUUCUUUUGUCUUUCUUUGCAGAUUUCAGAUGAAGUCUUUACUGGAAACAUCAGAAGGAGUUGUGAUGAAAAUGUGGAUUCCAAAUUUACCACAGAAUGCAGACUGAAAGGUUAUUGGAGUUUGAUUCAAAUUGUUUUAAAUGUUCAGUUUCACAUGAUUUACUGAAAUUCUGUAACAGGGAUGUUGCUUCUAUUGUUGAGCAGAAUGAAAGGGAUUGUGAGGUUGUUUUUUUUGUUUGUUUUUUUUAACAUCCCCCUUCAAAAUAAAGAUUUUUGAAACAUUUCUUUCAUUGAAGCCAUUGUUUAAUGACCAUAUUGGCUUUGGUGCUGUAAAAAUGAUUGUUUUUGGAUGAAACCACCACUUCACAUCAGUCAACAUAGAAAAAAUGUUGAAGACGAAGGCCAAACCAAAUUUUGCAUUGCAUAUUUUUAAUUUUGAUCUGCUAAUCUGAUAAAAGAAAAUGUUUUCUGUUCUGUCAAACUCUUGUUUCUGUCUGGUCACAAUUCUUGUGUCUCUAACCCUCUUUCUUGUGUAUCUUUUGUGCACUAGGCGCAGUUGUGUAGCAGUUGAAUAAUGCUGGUUAGCUGUUAAGAUGCGGUGCAGUGCGGUGGUGACAUGGUGUGGCGUGUUGCGGUGCUGAGCGCCCGGCGCUGUUCCGGGGCUCGACCCUCCGCUGCUGUUUUCCGGUUUGUAAGCUCACAGGUGUGGCAGAUCAUCUACCCCUCCUGUCUUGUGACCUCUCCCUCCUGUCUUAUAUACCUCCCUUCUCUCCUGUUCACUUUCCCUUCUGUUCUUCCCACCUUUGGUUAAUGCAUUGUUAAUCUGGUCUUGCUUGCAUUUUAAGUUCAGGUCCAGUGUGACCUGCAGUUAAGGGGUUAAAAGGCAGUUCACACUGCUUCAUGAAUACUUUGUGUAUUGCAUUCCUCUGUGAACCUUUCAAAUGUCUUGUGAUUGCUUCAGGUAAAUGAUAAAGUUUUGUUGUAAAAUCA